CAGCGGACUGCACCUUCGCUGUCUACGUCUCAGACUGCUGACCCGAGCACUCGCUGUACAUUCCGAAGGAGUCUGAUUUUGGAACCAGGUACUCUUGACGCAAUAACCCAGGACCUUGCGGAGUCUCAGACGGAAACCUACGACAUGGGUCGCCGCAAGAGUCUCGAUGACAGCUCCAUAGAUUCUCGCGCGCCAUCAGCUGAACGGUCUCUGUCCUACAUGUCAGUCAUUCACCUUGUUCCUUUCUUCUUCAUUCAAUGCGCUAUCAUAAUUCGGGUCUUUAUACAGAGCUCCAAAGCUCAACGCUAG